CUUCUCGUUUGCUUUGUGUGCUGAAGUCUUUACAAGGUUAACACGUCCAGCAGCGCUCAAGAUUGCCACGAUUACAAACAGUUUUCGUUUUACUUGUAGGCAUCUGCCUGGUGAGGUAUGUACAUCCAACAUAACAUCCGAAGUAGAGGGCGUUACAACAACUGGGUCACAGACUGAUUGACGACUGAAAUAUUGGACGAAAAUCAAUAGCGGCUGCAACCUUGACUAGCACAGGCUGCCAACAUGGGCAGUGGACAUUGCGUGAUUCGGCAUCUUACUCAGAUGGUGGAAACCGGUUUUGUCAAGUUUGACAGCCUGGUGGUCGGGUAAUGGUGGCUCCAGUCGCUACAGCUGUUCCAUUCAUGCUGCCAAGUGAGCUGAAACUUCGCAAGUUGGAGCUACGCCUGUCUGCAUCGCGGUGAAGAAAUGGCUGCCAAAGUACUGUUCCUGAUUCUGGGAGCUAUCGCCGUGUCCAGUGGGCAGCUCACGAAGGUGUGGAAACUAUCAGCACGGGAACUGAUCGACUACAGAGCGUACCGCGACAUCACACUACUACACUUUCGAGUUCCUGAUCAAACGCUCACAGCUGCCUUUAACUUCACCGUUUCCGAGAAACUAGUAUCAUCACAAUUAUUUUCUGGGUGUGAUCCGAGGAAAGUAAGCCUGUUCCUAAAAUAUGGUAGUUUACCCGUGAUCAACCCAGAUGGGGCAAAGUUUCCUAAUAAUUUUUCAAUCUCAAAUCGUGUGCCAAUGUACAACGCGGAGUUUCAGAGCGACGAAGUUCCUGUGAUUCUUAAUGUCACCAGUCCAAUUCCUGGGGAUUGGUUUGCCGUCGCAUUUCUAAGCUACGCGGAUCCUAAUAAUGAUCAGAUUUUGCAAGACGGGUUAUCCCCAAACUGUGCAGCAAUGAUCGAGUCCAGUUUGAGCGUAGUUAUAACACAAGAAGUUACUGUUAUCCUUCCUGAAGAGGAAACUUCAAGACAAGUGGACGAAGAGACUCAGGCCAUGACAUUUAAAUUCUUUUGUGACUCUGUCCCCUGUCUACUCAUGUCCUAUGCUCCUAGAACAAUACCGGAUCCUCAGGACAACAAUGGUAAAUGUGAUUUUCAGACAUUAUGUGAAAUUGAAUUCAUUCCAGCAGUAGAUAACUGGUAUUUUAUUACGGUAUCUGCACCCCACAACGGCAGUGCUAAUCCAAUCCAUUUCUCUCUGACAGUCUCCUUCCUCGCUCAUAAUUCAACAGAGAAUUUGAGAUUAGUAAAUACGACAAUAUUAAAUCAUCUCACGACUGACGAACUCAUUUACGACAUAGCGUUAUUACUCAAAGAUUUUCAGAAGUUCUGGACCUUGGUGCCUUUGGUGAGACAGUCUUUUACAGCAUUCUUUACGUAUAACUUCCUCAGUGAACAUGCAGACGACAACAAAGGUUUCUUUUCCAUAAAUGUUGGCGUCGAAGAAUUGGCUACGAUGCAGUUUGAAGUGAAUUACGUAAGUGACAUUGGGGGCACGCUGACUUUUAAGAUGAAGCUAGAAGAAAGCUCUAACUUGAAGAAUGUUACAGAAAGUCUGUACAAUGUGUCUGUUGUUGCGUGUCUUAGUUACCAGUCGCGUGUUAUUCCCCUUUUCCCUGAAGAAUUGUGCUUCAACUACGCUGGAGAUUUUUCAGGAUCAUAUAGUCAGAUAAAUUCAACUAGCGAAUCAAAUCGCAUAGGAACUAUCCAUGUGCCUUUCCCAGAACCUGGACUCUGGUUCAUAACUCUGAAGCCAUUUUGCUUCAACAUUGCUAACCUUCCAAUAGACUGCACUCCUGAUCUGGGUACACUGAACGUGUCUCUUAUAAUCGAGUCUAACAUGUGCACCGCAGACAAUUGUGGUCGAUUUGGCGACUGCUACAAUUACAUGAGUGGUGGAUUCAUGUUUUCUACAUGUGUGUGUAAUCACGGAUAUAUCGGAUGGGGUUGCACGGACGACAGCAGAGUUACAUCCUUGUCAGACCUGCUUAUAGCAGCCCUCCUUCUUACACUUAGCAAUAUGUUCUUCAUCCCAGCAGCUGUGAUGGCAAUACGUCGCAAGUAUUACACAGAAGCGUUUGUGUAUACAUGUACUAUGUUCUUCUCGACAUUCUAUCACGCUUGCGAUGCAGGUGAAGACAUUUAUUCAUAUUGUUUAAUGAGGUUGAAUGUUCUGCAAUUCUGUGACUUCUAUUCAGCUAUUCUGUCCCUGUGGGUAACUCUCAUUGCCAUGUCCGACAUCCGUGGUGCCUUGAAGUCCAUCGCUCACAUGUCAGGUGCAGUGGGCAUCGCUCUCGGCACAGAGUAUAAUCGAACCUCGCUGUGGGUGUUGGUAGUGCCCGCUCUAGUAGGCAUAGCUGUUAUGACCCAGUCUUGGGUGUGGCGGUGCAAAGCACAGAGGUCGUGCUAUCCCAGUAAGACAUAUUGGAAAUUAUACUUUCCUCCGGGAGUGUUACUUGUCGCUGUGGGACUUGUAUGUUAUUCUUUCUUACAAACAAAACAGAACUACAAAUAUGUCCACAGUGCAUGGCAUAUCAUCAUGGCAUUGGCAAUCACAUUCUUGCUUCCAUCUCGCAAGCAAGACAGAGUUUCUGGUGUGAACUGUGAAGAAUGUGUUUGUUUUCCGUCACUGAAGUGCACGACGUCAUCAUGGAAAGAUAACAAGUUCAUAAAGUCGAUAUGUUGGUGGAAACGAUGACAAAUACAACGUGUAUUAAUAAUUUGUGAUAAAGCAUGAAACCUCUUCUCGAGGAAUGCUGACAGCUCUCGAGAGGGGAUAUAACUAUUGAGCCCGUGCGUCUCAUAAUUAUGCAUGCAUUUUGUCUCACCUGUGUUUUACUAUGACUUACAGGUGUUUGCUCAUUGAAAAUGUCAAUUUCUUACACAUCUGUCUUCGCAUAUGCCGAUUAAAUUGUAUGGCCAUCCAGGACUGUUUACCGUUGUUAAUUUUAUCACAGUAAAAAUACAUUGUUUUCCUCUUA